CUAUAUAUUUAUUAAAACAUGGUUUAAAUUUUUUAGUGCUUUUAAAACCUAAAUCUAAAUAAUAUAAGAAAAAGAUACCUACCCAACUAAAAUAAAACAACCUAAAAUGACAAGACGACAGGAAGACUUUGAUGAGUUCUGUGACCCAGAAAAUCCAAGAAUCAUUAAAUAUGACGAUAUCGUGGAUGCUACAAAACGUAUCAGAAAAUUUAUUAGUCCUACUCCUAUAAUAGCAUCACACUUCCAACGCGAGACUGGCAUUAACAUAUUUUAUAAAUUAGAGAUGUUUCAACGCACUGGAAGUUUCAAGGAAAGGGGUGCGAUUAAUGCGUUGGAAUUGCUAUCUAGAGACAAACAAAAAGUCGGUGUAGUGCUAGCGUCACUAGGUAAUCAAGCAAUCGGGAUAUGCUACUACGGGCAAAAAAUCGGCGUACCCGUAACUGUGGUGAUGCCCACGUGCGUACCAAUCGCCAAGCUGCAACUUUGCCACAACCUCGGUGCCAAAGUCAUAGUCCAGGGUAAAGACUUGGUAGAAGCACAGAAGUAUGCCCGUAUCUUUGCAAGAGAUAAGGGACUCACGUAUAUCAACGGUCGCGAUUACCCAAACAUCUUAACGGGCUACGGCAGUAUAGCCAUCGAGAUUCUGGAACAGCAGCCGACUGUAGACGCAAUCUUGGUGCCCGUGGGAACGGGCGGGCUGAUAGCCGCUAUAGCCACUGUUGUCAAACAUGUCAGACCUAAUUGCCUCGUAUACGGUGUACAACCGGAGAGAAUACCCACAUUUUUUAAGUCUUUGCAAGCUGGCGAACCCAUGACCUUACCUUACGAAACUUCGAUCGCUGAAGGCAUAGCGAUGCCCUACGUUGGCGUAAAUGCUUUCAGCAAUGCACAACGUAAUAUUGAUAAAAUGCUGUUAGUAAAAGACGACUGGAUAGCGCGUGCCGUACUACACUUGGUGGAAAAUGAACGCAUUGUUGCAGAAGGGGCUGGAGCGUGCCCCUUAGCGGCUAUUCUUGGCAAUCUUGUCCCGGAACUUAAAACCAAAAAUGUGGUGUGCAUUCUCAGCGGUGGAAACAUUGAUGCAGUAUUAUUGGGUCGCUGUUUAGAUAGAGGACGCGCAGCCGAAGGACGACUUAUUAAAUUUAAAGUUCUAGUCAAAGACAAUGCAGUGAACAUAGAACAGUUCAUGAGACUGAUAGCAAAUGGUGGUUACAGUAUACUUAGGCAGUUUUGUGAUCGAAUUUGGAUAGAAAAUGAAAUAUCCUUUGUUGAGGUAAAACUGGUUUGCGAAUGCAGAGAUUUAAAUCAUGCAUUAGAACUGAAGAGGCUUCUUGAACGAACUUACCCAAACAAAUGCAUAUUCGAGACGGAACCCUUCAAUACAGACAGGACUUGCCCAUGUUAUGCCCAUAAAUGAACCACAUUAACAGAUGCAAUUUUAUAAAAA